UCACAUAAUUCAUCCGGCUGGGGGUGUGCUCCGUAGCUCGUGUCGUUUUUUUUUCAGUCAGUAUAAAACUGGGAGUUCCUCUCGCGGAAUAUACAGAUGGAGAGAAUCGCUUGCGCCACAGGGAUAGUGACAGGCCACAGAAGUGACAUACGCGCAUUUUAUUUCCGUGAAAUAAGCCCGAGUCCGCGCCCGUCGAGGGGAUGACUGGACUGUGCGCUCUCUUUUUGACGGCGCUGCUUGCGGCCUUCACCCGCUUCACGGAGAGCGUUGGGCCGGUGGUCCGUUGCGAGCCCUGCGACUCGCAUGCGCUGACACUGUGCAAGCCUCUGCUGCCGAGAGACUGCUCGGAGCCGGUGCGAGAGCCGGGUUGUGGGUGCUGCCUGACUUGUGCGCUCCGUGAGGGCCAAGCGUGCGGAGUUUACACGAGCCGCUGCGGAAGCGGUCUCCGUUGUCGGCUCUGGCCUCACGAGACUAGACCACUGCAAGCUCUGCUAGAAGGCCGGGGAGUGUGCGCCCCAGUCUCAACAGAUAAAACACUCACAGGAGUAAUAUUGCCCACCGGCAAACACGACAACCCUGAGGAGUCCUAUCAGGAGGAGACUAACUCCAACCUGACCAUGAUGACGGUCACGUCGGCGGUGGCCGAGGAGCAUCCCCUGCCGGCCACGUCGGAGCACAAAGCCCCGCCCCCGCCACUGCUCAGCAAGCUGGGUGUGGUCCGCAAAGAGAAGAACAGGAAGAGCCAGAGCUACCGUGUAGAGUCGGUGGGUGGCGACCUGCACACGGACACACAUAACUUCAGCCUGGACACCAAGAGAGAGACGGAGUAUGGCCCCUGUCGCAGGGAGAUGGAGAGCGUGUUGAAAAGUCUUAAGAUCACAAACGUGCUGAACCCAAGAGGCGUUCACAUCCCAAACUGCGACCGCAGAGGGUUCUACAAGAAGAAACAAUGUCGUCCUUCAAAGGGUCGCAGGAGAGGCUACUGCUGGUGUGUGGACAAAUACGGCCAGCGAUUGCCCGGUUAUGAUGGCAGAGACCAGGGAUCUUCCCACUGCCACAGCUUGGAAAAGAAGUAAAAUGUGGUGACAUGUCAUGGGAGGAGAGAGAGAGAGAGAGAGAUGGAGACAGAGAAAGGGCUAGAGAUGUUUUAUUCUUUUGUGGACUUGGGAAAGAUAAACACACACUUAUAGGCAUAGUGUGUUUGUGUUUGUGAUUUGUGUGUAUGUGUGUGUAUGUGGACCUGUUUUGUGUGUGUGCAUGUGUGUAUUUGGGUGUGUCCUUUUGGGGUUGGAUCAUGCAUAGCUCCUUUACAGGUUAACAGUCCCAUGGUGCUUAGCUCUUCACAUGGUGCACUGGUGCUGGUGUAUAUCGGUGAGCUUAAUAGAGCCCGUUUUUGUUGGUGAUGUCAUGCCGGUCUUUUGACUGGUCAGUUUUGGUCUGGAGCUCUUGCCCUCUGAUUGGCUGCCACUUCAGCUUUCUCCAAUCAUGUUGCGUAUUUGCUGAUUGUCCUCUGUCGUCCCGAUCACCAUUUACAGUUGUCAUGGCGGCAGCCCGUCCCCCUGUAGUGAGCACGCUCCAUCAGAGCAUACGCACUAAAUGCACUUUUCACGCUGUCCAAGAUAGCUUCGGUCACACAACCGUUAAGCCAUCCCCGGUGGCUCGCCACACUCCAGGAACUAAAAGAGUUAACAUCCAAAAGGUUCUAUUGAACCUUUACCAGAAAUACCUUUGUUUUUAUUUAUUAGAUUUUUAUAUUAGAUAUUUAUUCUUCAUAUGAAUACAUAAUGGUGAUUGAAACCUUCCAUACUAAGAGAAAAUAGGGUUGUUGCAAGAAACUUGGAAAGAAGUGGCGAGGAACCACCUUAUGAGGGUUAGAGCCCUGCAUAGAACCAUAGAAGCCGUUUCAGCUCUGAAAUGCAGUUGUCAGCUCUAAAACGCCCUUUUAUGUGAUGUUUUUGGGGAAUACAUAAAGAACUCUGGAAGGCUCGAAAUGUCUUUUUUCCGAGGAGUGUGGGUAGAUUUACAAAACAUGCAUUAGAUGCCACAUUAAGUGGAGUGAAGCUUUUAGUCAGACAGGACAGCAUCAUUUACACAUGUAUCAAUAGACAGCAUAGCGAUCAAGUAAUUUCUUUUGCAACUUGUCCAGCAUUUGAGCUAGUUGAAGCUUGUUAAGGAAAACUUUGGGACAUUGGCCUAUGUAUUUUACCUAAAGAGAGAGUCUCUUGUCCCAAACCUGGCAGUUCCUUACAAUAAUCUGAUAAAACAUCCUCACCAUCAACAUAAGUGUCUGCAAUACAAAUUGCUGGCUAUGUGUUUUCAAAGGAAGCAGUGUCACAUUGGAUGUACUUCCCAUUAAGGCCACACAGACAAUGAGAGGCCUACUGAUGCUCAAUCCAGUGUCAAGCUGAAUAACUGAGAAUUGAUUGCGAUAUCAGAGAAAGAAAAUAUACCUCGAUCUUGACAAAAAGACCUAACGCCUUUGUGUUAUUAACCAGAACCAGAAGUCUCUAUGACUUCUUAAAAAAAACAGUUAUGAUGCAUUUUACAUUUGAGGCGAGACACUGUUUUUACUGCUCUAGCUGGCCAUGGAGGAAUUGUUGAAGCCACCCUAUGACUUGGAAGACUGCCAGCCUUAACGAGACCAGAGGGGUCUUUUGCCUUUUAAUUGUGGCGAUGCUGGAAUUAGACUUUGAAGUAGACUGGCCAGAAACACCACAUCACACUCGUGCAUAUGCACACACACAUACACACAUACCAUUACAGAUGCGCAUAGAUACAUGCACAAACAAACCCGCACCUCUUUGUCCUUGAAUCCUACACAUUACAUUUGGACGUCAGGCCCUAUCUUUUUAUUUGUGCUCUACACCUGAUUUCCUGAUUGAAGACUUGAAAAUGGAGGGAACCAAUGAGACUGCUGCCCAGUAGUUCAGGAGCAUGAAGUUUGCCAACCAGAAAUUACCCCCUACCCUCUCAAAUACCCCCUACUCUUCCCUUCCCACAAACUAACAAUAUAAUAUGUAUAAUAAUAUAUGUAUUAUGUAUAAAAUAUAAUUCAUAAUUAUUUACAUAAUUAUACCAAUUAUGAAUAUAUAUGCAGACUUUAGAAAAAUAUCUCUGGUGCUGAAGUUUUCUUAGUUGG